AUGGCACUUACAACUAACAGUACUCUGAUGCCACGUCGGUCAUCGCGUGGUGCCAUCAGCCGGAUCGCCUUAUUCGCUGCAUGUAUCAGGACGGGUAAGCGAUAACAGGCUACUGCUGACGCCUUUCUCGCUCUUUCAUAUACUUUUUCUUCCCCCUCCCCAUCCCAUUAAUAACUCUCUUUUUGGGCUCAGAACAUAGAAUGAUGACUCCGUUCGUCACGCAUCCGGUUUGAGCGCAACAUGGCGUCACGUUGCGCCGACAUCCUUAGGUGUCUCCAAAUCAAUCUUCAAGCCUCGACACCCAUUCUAUCCGGCCGCCUUCAGCGUGCGCACUCUGAAGCAAGCAGGAUAAGAAGCUGUUCUUGCACUCACACUGGACUCGCUUUACAUUGAUGUGUACUGUGUCUCAGAGAAUCCAAGAUGCAAUCACCAUGCUUGAGUUAACCGCUCCGUCAGUCUCCACUCGCUACCGGCUGCACACCUCUGUGCUCUUCAGAACACGUGAGCUAGUCUGUGCCGGUCGUAUCAGUACCCAUACGUUCAGCGCUUGGCCUCGCGGACCGCGUCCACUACUUCCGCGGGGUAUCCCUCCGCCCAGUCUGCCGAGUUCUAGAUUUUGUCCGUUAUCAGCUAAUCAGCUGGCUUUAGUCUCUAAUACAUCGAGACAAAAUCUACGAACAUCGUGGAAAACGUGUCGCAGCACCGUCCGACCACGAUUCCAACCUCGUCGACGCUUUCGAAAUUUUACAAAAUCCAAGAUAACAUUAAACCCUAGUGACCCGUUAAACUUGCAGGAUUUGAUGAAGGAAACUGAACGCCGUCGUUCAGAAGGACUAUCUCCUUUGCGCGGGGACUCUCGUCUUAACACACCAGCUCUCAGUAUGGCCGGUGAUGCAGGGAAUGAAAGUCCCCAGGUCGCGCUCCUGCCGGCUGGUCCGGAUGCCAGAUCGUCUCAGGACUCAAUGAUGUUGAAGCAAAUAACAAAGCCCAGAAUAUCUGCAAACCGGGCGCGCCCACCACGAGGAGUACAGCGCUAUUCUUCGCGGCGGCAACGCUGUCGAAAGGUUCCAGUCACUGGGAACUACGGUGAUUACUAUUCACGUCGAGAUCCCAAUGACCGCCUGCCAUACCUCAUGCCCGAAUGGUUCACAGGAAAGGAUAUUGCUGACUACGGAUGUCAUAAUGGAACGCUAACCUUCGGCAUCCUGGAACGGUUUCCCGAUGUUCGACACAUCGACGCUAUUGACUGUGACGCGGAGUUGAUAGCGAACGCCAAAAGCAUGCAGCGUGAACGGCUACGUUGGGAUACCGGUUCCGGGAUAAGGUAUGAUAAAAUAAAUUUUCAGGUGGCUAACUGGAUCGACAGUUCAACACCAACCGAGGAACCCGAGUAUGACACCAUACUGGCCUUUAGCGUGACAAAAUGGAUUCACCUCAACCACGGGGAUGCUGGGUUAAUGCGCUUCUUCAGACGUGCUUUCAACCUUCUCAAACCAGGUGGACAUUUAAUUCUUGAACCACAACCAAAAUCAUCCUAUCGACGCACUCGGUUUACGUUUAAACAUCGCUCUACUUUUCAAACGCUCAAAAUUGAUCCGUUGAAAUUGGAGCCACUUCUGGUGGACCUGGGUUUUUCCUAUUUUGAUACGAUCAAACUUCCGAGACCCAAUGAGCCAUUUCGGCGGAAAAUCAUCCUCUGUUCAAAGUCCUACGGUGCCACACCCGCUUCGAUUCGAAACGAUUUUCGGUCGGAAGUGCAGCUUUGGAAUUUGUCUCCAUCCCCACAAAGUCUACCUGGAAGGGAACCUCCUCCCGUUUGUUAUCAUCCUCAGACGCCGAAUUAUCUCGUAACUGACACACCAGCCCGUUUACUGGAUUCGCCAGCUUCUGGACUGACACAGAGGGCCUAUGUAGUCCCCAGCACCACUUCUGUUCCCUCGAGUCGUUUACGGGUCACUUCGCCUGACAGACGCAGUGUUAGUUCUGUUUCAGAUGCACCCUGUGAGCCAGACUCUACCUCGGUCCCGUAA